AUGGAGGACUUCAUUGACUUAACUAGAGAAACCAGACCAAGGGCAAAGGACCGCAGUGGACUCUGUGUGAUUGACCUGACAAGAACUGAGGAAGAAAAUAGACCUAUUGCCACUCUGGACUUGACUCUAGAACCUGUCGCUCCUUCCCAGAAAGAGCCAACCAGUCUUCAGACUUGUGCCAGCCUCUGCAGCAAAGAGGUGACAGAAGGGCGGGGAAGCUCUUGGCCUGCAGCACGGAGAAUCAUUAACAGCGAUCCUGUGGAUUUGGACCUUUUGGAAGAAACCACAUUUGAAGGUCCGCAACCCCCUACAUCCAUCAGCGGGGACUCUGUUUAUCCAGCAGAGCCAAAUUGUAGCUCAACUGCAUUCAAAGGUGACCUUGGCUUCUUGGCAAGCCUACAGCUAUCUUCAGAUAUUCGCUCCCUCUCCCCAACAAGCAAUAAUGGUAGCAGCAGCAAUCAGAGGGCACCCUUACCAUGCCCACAGCAAGAUGUGCCUUGCCCAUCACAAGCUUUGCCAUGCCCACUGCGAACCAUGCCGUGUCCACUGCGAGCCUCACCAUGUCCACCACGAGCCUCCUCGUGCCCACCACGAGCCUUGUCAUGCCCAUCACAAACCGUGCAGUGCCAAGUACAAGCUUUGCCUCCCCUGCCUCAAGAAGUUCCAUGCCCUCCUCGAGAAAUGCCAUGCCCUCAGCGGAAUGUGCCAAGCCCACCUCCAGACUCAUCGUGGCAACCUCAGCACUCACCCAACCCACCUCAAGACUCACUGUGCCCACCUCAAGACUCUCUGGGCCUACCUCAAGAUGUACCAGGCCCACCUCAAAACAUAUCAUAUCCACAAGAUGUGACACACUUACAAGAUAUGCCUCAAUCAUCAGGAGAUGUGCCACAGUCACCACGACACGUGCCACAGUCACCAGCAGACAUGCCACAGUCACCACGACACGUGCCACAGUCACCAGCAGACGUGCCACAGUCACCAGCAGACAUGCCACAGUCACCAAGAGAUGCACCACAGUCACCAGAAAGUGUGCCACAUUCCCCUGGAGAAGUCCCAGACUUCCCAGGAGAUAUGUUCCGUUCACCUGGAAACAGGCCAUGCUUGCCAGGAGACAUGCCACACUCACUUGGAGACUUGCCUCACUUACCACGAGACAGGCCUUACUCUCUCCAAAAUGAUGUACAUAACCGUGACACACCUAUGGAAGUCUCAGCUCCAUCCUCUCCAAGAUUCUCUCCCAGCCCACAGUCUCCACAGUCUGAAACUUCCUUAGAGAAAGUUCCUUGGUUCUCUGUCACAGAAACUCCAGCCAGAAAAGAGAGAUCACUGUCAGAGCCUGCUAACCCCGGGUCUGCCCAGGUACAAGCACGAACACCACAAGGUGGGUUAUACAACAGACCAUGCCUGCAUAGACUGAAGUACUUCUUACGACCUCCGGUGCAUCACCUCUUCUUCCAGACACUAAUACCAGAUAAAGACACAAGAGAGAGUAAGGGUCAAAAAUUAGAACCCAUUCCUCAUCGAAGACUAAGAAUGGUAACAAACACCAUUGAAGAAAAUUUUCCCCUGGGGACUGUGCAGUUUUUGAUGGACUUUGUGUCACCCCAGCAUUACCCACCCAGAGAAAUUGUGGCACACAUCAUCCAGAAAAUCCUGCUCAGUGGCUCUGAGACCGUGGAUGUCCUAAAGGAGGCCUAUAUGCUUCUCAUGAAAAUUCAACAGCUACAUCCAGCUAAUGCCAAGACAGUGGAGUGGGACUGGAAGCUGCUCACUUAUGUCAUGGAGGAAGAGGGACAGAAUCUGCCUGGGCGAGUCCUUUUUCUGCGUUAUGUGGUACAGACUCUAGAAGAUGACUUCCAGCAGAUCCUGAGGAGGCAGCGACAGCACCUGCAGCAGUCCAUUGCAAGCACUGUGCUGUCCUGCGACAAGCAGCCCCACAAUGUCAGGGAUGUCAUCAAGUGGUUGGUCAAAGUAGUAACUGAAGAAGGAUUAACUCAGCCGCCAAAUGGGAAUCAAACCUCUCCCGGAACAGGAAUCUUGAAGGCCAGCAGUAGCCAUCCUUCUCCCCAGCCCAACCUGACAAAGAACACCAAUCAGCUGUCUGAUAGGACAGAGGGUCACAGUCCACCAGUUGAAGUUCUGAGACUGAACUUACUAAAAGAUAAUUGUAAAGAAACCAGUGACAGGAAAACCAUAUGGAUUGUGUGUCAGCUGCAAAGGAUGCUGUCCAUAGCCGUAGAGGUAGACAGGACCCCCACAUGCAGCUCCAAUAAAAUUGCCGAGAUGAUGUUUGGGUUUGUGCUGGACAUUCCUGAGAGGAGUCAGAGGGAGAUGUUCUUUACUACCAUGGAAAGCCACCUUCUGCGCUGCAAAGUGUUAGAAAUCAUAUUCCUCCACAGCUGUGAGACGCCCACCCGCCUGCCCUUGUCUCUGGCCCAGGCCCUCUACUUUCUGAACAAUUCCACAUCACUGCUCAAGUGUCAGUCGGAUAAAACCCAGUGGCAGACGUGGGACGAACUGGUUGAGCACCUGCAGUUCCUGUUAUCCAGUUAUCAGCAUGUGUUAAGAGGGAACAUGAAUGCUGACAGCUCUCCAGCUUUACGUCCGCCAAGAAGAGUAUGGCUAUUUCUCAAAUCUUGAAAGCCUCACAUGCUUGCCCUGGCUUAGGUCAGUGCUCCCUCCCACUGCAAUCAAUCAUC